UGUGGUUAUUUAUGGUUAUCUCGCUAAUAAUGUCAAGAUAGUACAAGCAAGUGUGAAACUCAUACAAUUUUUCAUCAUUAAUAUCAUCGAUUUGUAUACAAAAAGACUGAAAAUAAAUUACAAAAAAUAAAUAUAGCAAAAUUUUCUAGUGUCGGUUGUGAUAAAUAGUGAAUUAAAACUAUUUUUAACCCUAAUUUCUUGAGGCGACGACAGAUUAAUUAAAGGUUACGGAUAUUUUUAAUCAGGUAGCAAGCUCAAUAAUAAAUAGGACGUGCUAUAAUAAUUGGCAACAGGUGCUCAACCGUAACAGCACCUGUCUAUGUUAUAUUAAUACAAUGGAGAACCAAAUUCGAUGUUAUGAUGAUAUUGCAUCAGAGACUUUUAAUGUUGAAAAAGUUAUCACAGACACCUCUUCAGACCAGAUUGAUGUGGAAACUACAAUACUAAAGUUAUACAAGCAGUUUGAGAAGAAAGCAUCCAUUGAUCCCGAAUUACCAAUUUUAAAUAAAGCCAUUCAUGCCAAGGUGUUAAAGACCUGGCUCCACAAAUUACCUGUUAGCUAUGAAUGCUUGGACGCUAGUCGGCCUUGGUUGGUAUACUGGAUCUUAAAUGCCCUGUCUCUAUUAAACGACAUGCCUGAUGCAGAGACCCUAUCUAAAGUAGUUAGAUUCUUGUCUCAUUGUCAACAUGAAGAGGGUGGCUAUGGUGGUGGGCCCUACCAGUUUCCACAUCUUGGGACUACAUAUGCAGCUGUCAAUGCUCUGAGUAUAAUUGGCACGGAUGAGGCAUACGACUCAAUUGACAGAAGCUCUUUACAAAAGUUCUUGUGGACAGUCAGAGAUGUGGAUGGAGCUUUUGCUUUACAUAAGGGAGGAGAAAAGGAUAUAAGAGGAGCUUACUGUGCCAUCAGUGUUGCUAAGAUAACAAACACUUAUACAGAUGCAUUGUUUGAUAAAACUGCUGAAUGGGUGGUCAGUUGUCAGACAUAUGAAGGUGGUUUUGCUGGGUAUCCUGGCAUGGAGGCCCAUGGCGGAUAUGCCUUUUGUGGUAUAGCUACUUUGGCUCUCUUGAACAGAACUCAGAUAUGUGAUAUAGAUGCCCUUCUGAGAUGGUGUGUGAACCGCCAGAUGAGGCUAGAGGGAGGAUUCCAAGGGAGAACUAAUAAGCUUGUGGAUGGAUGUUACUCAUUUUGGCAGGGAGCUGCAUUCCCUAUCAUCAGUGCCAUCCUUUCUGAAGAAAACAAGGAAUUGAUGGAAACAGUGUUGUUUAAUCAAGGUGCCUUACAAGAAUACAUAAUCAUUUGUUGCCAGUCACCAGGUGGUGGGCUUAUUGACAAGCCUGGGAAGCCUCGAGACAUGUACCACACUUGCUACACUCUGAGUGGGUUGUCAGUGGCUCAGCAUGGCACCGGGGUGGGUGACCCGUUUGUAGUGGGGUCACCACGCAAUGAACUCAACAGAGUGCACCCUCUCCAUAACAUUGCUCCCCACCUAGUAUACAAUGCUGUACACUACUUUAUCAGACAUCCGCCACCUGUGAAGGAUAAAAACUAGCGACUAAUCUUGCACUUGCCUGCUUUGUACAAAUUCCUGCAGCUCCAAAGAAUUACACAUCUAACAUAUUUUAACAAAAUGCAGGUAAUGAAGUAUGUACUUAUUUAAUUCAACUUUUAGAUUUGAUGAUUUACUUCUAGCUGGAGCAUAUUUACUAUUAUGUAAAAUUUUCCUUCAAACAUCACAUAUUUUGUGUAUCAAUCCCCUGUAAAUUGUUUAAUAGAUAUAUAAAUAUCACUCUCAUUUAUGAUUAAAUAUCUUAAUACUAAAAAUAAA